UGGGCGAGGGGAAGGGCACGCCGCUGCGGCCGGACGGGGCGCUGCGCGUCUACAUGUUCACGCUCUUCAACGAGAACAUGAAGCCCGGCCCCUCCUCGGAGCGCAACUACGGCCUCUUCAAGCCCCCACGGCACGCCGGUGUACGAGCUCGCCUACCGCCUGCCCAAGGACAACGCCACCACCUCAUCCGGCGCGGGCGGCACCGGAAGCAUUACCGGCAGCGGCAGGGGCGGCGGGCCACAGAACAACGGCUACUACAGCAUCUCGGCAUCAUCGGCAAAGGCGAACGUGGGUUGGUGGACAUGGACACAAGCAACCAUGCCAGCAUAUGCGGCUGUCCUGUUGAUGAUGAUAGCAUUCUAAUUCUGAGCAACUUCCAAGUGGUGCUUACAUGGAAGGAUAUGUGUGCAUGGAAGGAAGGAAGCCUCUGGUGUCUCAAAUGGAGUCAGGGGGUGCCCCUGGUUUCUUGAAGCCUGUCUUGGAAAAACUAUUUUGUCCUUAGGUGUUUACUCCUUUCUCUCCAAUCUGCCAUGUUGUUUCAGUUGAUGUGGUCUUGUAAUUGGUGGUAAGCUAAUGGGUUAGUCAGUGUCAUUAAACCAGACACUUCUUUUUGGUUCCUAGUAAUCAUGCAAUGCAAGGUCAGUUGCAUA